UGACUGUCAAUAAAGCUCGGUUUUGAAGACGGCCAAGAUGGCGGAGUACGAUCUCACUACCAAGAUAGCACAUUUUCUGGACCGGCAUUUGGUUUUUCCUCUGCUGGAGUUCCUGUCUGUGAAAGAGAUCUACAAUGAGAAGGAGCUCCUCCAGGGGAAGCUGGACCUCCUCAGCGACACAAACAUGGUGGAUUUCGCCAUGGAUGUGUACAAAAACCUGUACCCGGACAAGGAAAUCCCACACUCCUUGAGGGAGAAGAGAAGCACCGUGGUGGCCCAACUGAAGCAGCUCCAGUCGGAGACGGAGCCGAUUGUCAAGAUGUUUGAAGACCCAGAAACCACUCGACAGAUGCAAUCCACAAGGGACGGGAGGAUGCUCUUCGACUAUCUGUCAGAAAAACACAACUUUCGUCAAGAAUACCUGGACACCCUGUACAGGUACGCCAAGUUCCAGUACGAGUGCGGCAACUACUCCGGAGCUGCAGAGUACCUCUACUUCUUCCGCGUCUUGGUUCCCUCAACAGACAGAAACGCUCUGAGCUCUCUGUGGGGAAAACUGGCGUCUGAGAUCCUGAUGCAGAACUGGGAAGCCGCCAUGGAGGAUCUCACUCGUCUACGGGAGACCAUCGACAACAACUCGGUGAGCUCUCCCCUGCAGUCGCUCCAGCAGAGGACUUGGCUCAUUCACUGGUCCCUCUUUGUGUUUUUUAACCACCCCAAAGGCAGGGACAACAUCAUCGAGCUCUUCCUCUACCAGCCCCAGUACCUGAAUGCCAUCCAGACAAUGUGCCCACACAUCCUGCGAUACCUUACGACCGCAGUCAUCACCAACAAAGACGUACGGAAGCGCAGACAAGUGCUCAAGGACUUGGUGAAAGUCAUUCAACAGGAGUCGUACACUUACAAGGACCCGAUCACAGAGUUUGUCGAGUGCCUCUACGUGAACUUUGACUUCGACAGCGCCCAGAAGAAGCUGAGGGAGUGCGAGUCGGUUCUUGUGAAUGACUUCUUUUUAGUCGCUUGUCUCGAGGACUUCAUCGAGAACGCCCGUCUCUUCAUCUUCGAGACCUUUUGUCGAAUCCAUCAAUGCAUCAGCAUCAGCAUGCUGGCAGACAAGCUCAACAUGACGCCCGAGGAGGCGGAGAGGUGGAUCGUCAACCUCAUCCGUAACGCCAGGCUCGACGCCAAGAUCGACUCCAAACUGGGCCACGUCGUGAUGGGAAACAACGCCGUGUCGCCGUACCAGCAGGUCAUCGAGAAAACCAAGAGCCUGUCGUUCCGCAGCCAGAUGUUGGCGAUGAACAUUGAGAAGAGGGUCGCGCACAGCAACAGGAACGAGACACCGAACUGGGCUGCUCAGGACUCCGGCUUCUACUGAGAUGGGAACGGGGAUGCACAUGGCUCCUGGGAUAUUAUUUAAGCUUUUUUAUCGUAUUCAUGGACUCAUCAGUUCAUCCGAUGUUGUCGUUAAACUGCUAGCUCGCGACAAAACUACACACCGAGAGGGGGCCGACGGAGGUUUCAUUUCCAUUAAGUGGACGCUGCUUUCUUCAUCGUAACAGAACUCAUCCUUAGAUCUAGUCAUAUUUUAACUUAUUUAUUAAGACUUUGGAAGUCCUGGCUUAACCCUGAAAUGUCGUUACUUUACAUUAAAUGUUUGCUGUCCACUUUGAAA